UAUCUACUAGUUAAUUGAAACGUAGAUUGCUUGUUAAAUUAGAACAUUUGUUAAAUUGAUACUAUUGAUACUAUUGCACUAGGCUAAUCUCCCAGAGCAUGAGCUCACUAAACUCGACGGAGAUAGAAGCCCUGGUGAACGGAGAGGAAGAAGCUUUCAGGAUGAAAAGGGAGAAAGAGGACGCUAUCACAUUGAAAGAAGAAGAAGAGGAUGAUAUUACAGUGAAAGAGGAGGAAGUAGAAGCUUUCAGAAUCAAAAAGGAUGAAGAUGCCAUAACAUUGAAAGAAGAGGAAGAACCUUUUGGAGUAAAAGAGGAAGAGGCUAUCUCAAUUAAAGAGGAGGAGGAAGACGUUUUGGGAGUGAAAAAGGAAGAGACUGAAGAUCAGAUUAACACCAGAGAGAGACGUGACUAUUAUGGAUCCUCUGGGGAGCCUCAACAACAUCCUGAUGCUGACGAGACAGAGAAGAGUCUCUCCAGAUCAGAUCACCAGAUGGUACAGCUUGGACAACACAAGCCCUUCCUCCCUCACGGAGUCCCCAUGUCGUGCCUCUCCUGGUAG